AGACUUUCUACAGAGUCCGUUCUAAUGGAAGGCAUUCUGGUAUUGAUAGUCUCGAGUAUGGAAUUCGGAAAGACGUCGAAUAGGCCUCUGCCAGUUUUCUUUCGUGUCUGUAGACAUUCAUGGACGAAGUAUCCAAGACGUCACAAUGCAACUUGGUAUGCAAUUGAAUUGCACCCAAACCCUCUAUCCUAUAGAAUGUCUCCGUGCAGAUUGUUCUCAGUCGUGUGUGAUACCGCCGGUAGAGUCGGGGACUGCACCGUUUCUUGCCGGUCUGGAUCUUCUUGGGGAGGAGAGUAUCGUGGACAUCGUAGCAUUGUGCAGUGGCCCAUGCUGCAGUGUGAAAAAUGAAUUGGAAUUCGUCAUGGCUGUUGGCCAAGUGGCAGACAAUACUUGUUGGCACAUCAAGGGCUCUUACAUUCGAUCACGUCGACGCGGCAGAGUUACAGUACAGACGGCAAUGAAGUUGUUGAUGAAGCAUUCCGACGUCGUGGGCGUGUCUGAACUAGUGAGCCUACAGGGGUCUCGCCAAAUGAUUGGCGUUUCCAGAAACCGGGCUGCCCUUUUCCGGGUCUCCUGGAACUUCAAUUCUCCCAGAUCUCAAUCUCAUCUCUUCUUGAUCGUCGUCCGCGAUGUUUCCACAUAAUUUCUUCUUCUGAUGCACAGUCAAGCUUUUGUGGAUCAGGUUGAUGCAUAUCGCUUCAUGGCCGUCUACCAUUUUCCGUUACGCUUCAAAAAUGCCUUCUGGCACAGUCCUGGAUGAUGUUUCCAACCAAAGGAAGAGGGAUCAGAACCAACAUUCUUUCACUAUCGCCAGAGAGUCGAAAGAUUGUCCCCUUCUAUCAGUAGAGCCCGUCACAACUCUUUCCAUUCUGUUCUUCCGUGCGGUCUCAAAUCUUCGCAAUCUUCUCCGACUCGUUCAAGCUCGAGUUACACAUCGGA